AUGGAAGACGAGGACAGAUCUGAUUUCUUUCGAAGAUGUAUAAUUGUGGCCAUAGCCAUAGUCAUUUCAACGGUUUCGGCGCUAACAAUGUUGGUCUUAUUUGGAAGGGUAAAAUGAGAUUUUUUGAAAAUAAUUUUGUCUUCAGCCAUUUGUCUCGGACCAUGUGAUCAAAAUGGUCCCCUGGCUAGAGUAUGGCGCCCUCUAUUUUGUGUCAGCUUUGGCAAUUUUACUUGGAAUUUCUUUGGUCGGCUCAGGUGUGUAAAUUAAGGUCAGGAAUUAAUUUUUUUGCCGUAUUUUAGUGAUCACUUAUCUUUACUACUCUCGCCAGCAUAAUGAUGAGGAAGUGAAUGGCAGUUUGAAGAAGGAUCAGUGA